UUCCACUACUUGAAAAUAUACGAUAUACUGGAUAUACGAUCGGUUGAGUCAUACCACUGCAUCAACUUAUCGUCCAUUUCUAUUUGCGUCGUUGGCAUGAGGAUAUAGCUAUAAGAAAUUCCGUAAGACGCACAUAUCUAAAUACGAGUGUAUUGGUGAAACGAUCUGUCAAGAAUCAGGAAGAGGAAGCUGCAUUCUGAUAUAUAUUUUUGACGUUUCUCAUUCUAAUGGCACUGACAGGACCUGAUUUACCGAAAAUACCGCAACCUUUAAAAAAUAUUCAGCAGUAUUUAACGAUCGCUACGAAACAUGAUCAGCGGGACAACGUUGUCAGUUAUUGGUGUCGUCUUUAUGCUCUUCAAACUGGGCUAAAACUAUCGACAAAAACAGCAGAAGAAACAAGCUUUCUACUGAAAUUGAUGGAUUGGUUAGAGGCAACCAAAAAGGCACUACAUGACAAUGAAGCUAUUACUAAUGAAGUAACUGCUCAAGCACACUUAGAGAACUGGGCUUUAAAGCUCUUUCUAUAUGCUGAUAAAAAUGAUAGAGCAGCUAACUUUACUAAGAAUGUAGUGCAAAGCUUUUACACUGCUCAGGUGUUAUACGAUGUGUUAACAUUAUUUGGAGAACUGAGUGUAGAAGCAUCGCAAAAUCGAAAAUAUGCACAAUGGAAAGCAGCUUAUAUUCACAACUGCUUAGCAAAUGGAGAAACUCCAGUUCCAGGCCCAAUGAAAGAGGAUGAUGAAGAAGAACCAGUUGAAGCAUCAAAUGACGAUACUUUAUGGCCAUCAGAUCAAGAUGCUGAAUCAAAUCCUGCUUCUGAAAAUGCUAAUGAUACUCCACAAAAUAUUCCACCUAUGCCCAUGAGUGCACCAGCUACUGUAAUUCAGUCGGUCGAUUCUCAAGAUAGUACUGUAUACAAAACAGAAAGUGGUGCCGAUCUGUCGGCGGAACAAAUUGGUAAAGCUCAAAAGCUCAUUAAAUGGGCAGGCAGUGCAUUGGAUUACGACGACAUACCUACGUCCAUAAUGAAUCUUCAGAAAGCUUUGCAUCUUUUGACCACAGGUCAGGAACUUGCGUAAAUAAAGAAAGGAUAGAUAACACACAUGGUAAUAGCUUAUUUAUAAUUAUUCAUGUUACACUCGUCGUCUAUUUCGCGUAACGGCCAG